CCGCGUGUGGUAAAGCGCUAGCCUUGCCUGCCAUUCAAUUGCCAUGAAUGAGACCAAGAGGGCAGUAAGCAAACUCUUUUGUUGUUGACAUGAUGCGAACACUCAUCUCCUUGAAGAGCCAAUUUUGCCUUUUUCACUCUUUUGUCCAUCAUCUGUUUCCACUUUAACCAAAGUAUCAUUUCAUUUGCUAGCCAAUGACCAUCACUCCUCGUCCAUGAUCACUACGUUUCUCUUCAUUCUGCAAUCCACCGGGUCGCUAUGACGCCGGAGCUACUGCCGCUCAAGUCAUACGACACCUUCGAUCACUCGGUCUCCAAGCGCACUCCGCACCCUCAGGAUGUCGCCGGCUGUCUGUCCCGCCUUCUGCUGGACUGGGUGCGGCCGCUAAUGACGCUCGGCCAGCGCAAACAGCUCGACGUCGACGACGUAUGGCCACUACGUUGGGAGCUACAGGCGAACACAGCGUCGUAUCGCUUCUCCAGCGUCUACGAAGCCUCUCGGUCCAUGUACAAGGCUUCAAUAAUGUGCUUUGGCCGCCGUAUCUUCCUCACAGGCGUCACAUUCCUCGUCUCCAUGCUCUGCAACUUACUGGGACCCGUCGUGCUUAAAGAGGUGGUCUCCAGCCUCUCCGUAUUAGCCGAAGAAGAUCCAAACGACGAGACUGCAAUACUACAGACCAUUUGCAUCUGGGUAGCCACACUCUUCGCCGCUAAAGUGUUGCAAGCUUUAGCAGACACAUACGCCAGAUUUUACUCCGAAAUAAUCGCAAUUAAACUCGUGGCAUCAGUCAAGACACUGAUUUUCCGGAAAACUUUAAAAUUGAACGCUCAAGCGCGCAGGGACAAGUCCACAGGAGCCAUAACCAACAUGUACACAGCCGACAGUGACGCGAUAUUGGCAACAGCCUUUUUGGUGCAUCAACUGUGGCUUAUCCCGUUGCAAAUUGCCAUAGUCAGCUAUAUGCUGUACGACGUACUGGGCGUUGCUGCCUUAGCCGGUGUGAGUGUGAUUGUUGCCAUGUUGGGCGUCAACCACGUGAUUUCCAAGUGGAUGUUCGCGUGCCAGCGAGUGUAUCGACGCAGCAAGGACGUGAGGAUGAAAAAAGUGACAGAAGUGUUCAAAGCUGUGGAAAUUGUCAAGUUCAAUGCGUGGGAGGAGCGCUUGAUGGGUCAAAUUAAAGUAACUCGGGCCAAAGAGAUGAAGGAUCUGUUUAAACGACGUCUGCUGGCAUGUUUGAGCGUCGUCAUGCUCUGGGGCAUGCCGGUGUUUAUCAGUGUGGCAUCUUUUGGAGUUUACGCGGGCGUGAUGCAGCGAACCUUGACUCCAGCGAUCGUGUUUACCAGUAUUGCGCUCUUCCAACUCAUCCAGGGUCCGCUACGCAUGAUCACCAACAUUCUACCCAUGCUCGUGCAGUCGAAAGUGGCGCUGGAACGCAUUGGAGCGUUCCUGGAGAUGUCUGAGCUGGAGUCUGACAGUGUUAUGCCAGCUGAUCAUCCACAGGGCGAACACUACGUUAUCAGGAAAGUGAUUGUCGCUGUUGAAGGCGGCGAAUUCGGCUGGGACCAAGACUCUACGCUGUUGAGGAACGUGAAUCUGGAAGUGAAGGCAGGAGAGUUUGUGGUUCUACAUGGCUCCGUUGGAUGCGGUAAGUCGUCGCUGUGUUCUGCACUUCUUGGUGAAAUGGUUAAGCACAACGGAACAGUAUUCGUCGGAGGGUGUGUGGCGUACUGCUCGCAGCAGCCGUGGAUCCAGAAUAUGACAGUCCGAGACAACAUUUUGUUCGGUCUUCUGUACGACCGCAAGAAGUACGAGAAAGUGCUGGAUGCUUGUGCGUUGACAGCAGAUCUCGACUCGCUAAUAGCAGGCGAUUCGACCGAGAUCGGUGAACGUGGGAUCAAUUUGUCAGGAGGCCAGAAGGCGCGUAUUGCCUUGGCUCGAGCUUGCUACAGCGACGCAAGCGUGUUCCUGCUGGAUUCGCCUUUGUCGGCAGUGGACGCUAUUAUACAGAACGAGAUAUUUCAAAAAUGCAUGCUGGGACUACUCAAGAACAAGACCAUCAUCCUCGUGACUCAUAACCCCGAGAUUAUUGAAUCUCCGCAUAUUUCUCGAGCUGUGACUAUCGAUGAGUUGGGAGCGCUAGUGGAAACACACCACGCGGAUAAUCCACUCGAGACGGAGAUGCCACUGGUGUCGCCUUUCGCAGCUCAACCGUACGGUGCUGUCACUUUUGGAGCUAAGAAUGACGGAGAGAAUGGUCACGGACUUCUUGAGACUGAUUUACUUAUCGACAAGGAACCCCGGACUGACGAUGACAGCGAUCGCAGUAACAUCCUCAAUCUGGCAAAUGAAACCAAUGAGUGUGACGACGAGAUGGCGUUGAUUUCACCGUGCACUCCAUGCGCAGAGGCGAAACCGAGAGCUCUGUCUUCAAUCGCUGGUGACAAAAUUACUGAUCUUGAAAAACUGGGGAAGCUGGUGGAUGAAGAGGAGCGAGUGGAGGGACAAGUGAGCCACCACGUGUUCAGCGCAUAUUAUCGCGCAGUAGGUGGCUUCCCGAUCGUGUUUCUAUUCUUGAUGACCUCUGCGUGCUGGCAAGCGUUGCAGAUUUCGAGCGAUUUCUGGCUAGGUGCAUGGUCGAGUGACGGCGUCCGCAGUAAGGAAUCCAUAUCGUACCGGCUUAGUAUCUACACAGCUCUUGGUCUCGCUUCAGCGUUGAUGGUCUUCGCGCGGAUGUUUAUGACUGCGGUGUAUGGCUUACGUGCGGCUCGGCGGAUGUUCGACGCGAUGACAGACGCGCUCAUGCACGCCCCUAUGCGCUUCUUCGAUGCCAACCCGAUCGGCCGCAUUUUAACGCGUUAUGGUAGCGACGUAUCUGUCGUGGACUCCAACAUCCCACCGCUGUUCAGUCGAAUGUCGUCGACGAUAUUCUCGGUAGGAUGCAGCGCUGUCACCGCUGCGAUUGUGAUCCGCUGGAAGGGGCUUCUUCUGUUGCCAGUAGCUUAUCUUUACUACCGCAUUGGAUCCUUCUACAUUCGUCCGGCCCGAGAGCUACAACGACUGUCAAAGACAACGCAAGCCCCUGUGUUAAACCAUCUAUCGGAGACUGUGGAUGGUGGCGCGGUUAUUCGAGCUUACGGCCGUGGUCACGUGCAUCGAUUCCAGGUCACACACAGCGCGAAGCUGGACGAGAACAACAAGAUUUGGUUCGGCCAAUUGUGUGUUUCUCAGUGGUUCUCACUCCACAUCCAACUCGUCGGUAGUCUGUUGGUUCUGGUGGUCACUGCAUCGCUCGUGUUGCUUCGUCAUCAACUAGGAGCUGCUGUGAUUGGUCUCGCCUUCUCGUACGCACUGAAAGUAUCUCAGAACCUCGAGAGGUUAGUGCAGGCACUCUCUCAAGUGGAACCUAUGAUGGUGAGUCCGGAGAGACUUCAAGAAUACGCGGAUAUUAUCCAGGAAGCACCGUCACGCCUACCACUUGAUCCACCCAGCAAAAUACACCCAAAAACUUGGCCGUCAGCUGGAUCGAUUGAAUUUAACCACGUGAACUUCCGAUACAAGGACCAAGGCCAACUGGUCCUACGUGACCUGAGCUUUUCCGUCCACGGCAGUGAGAAACUCGGCAUCGUUGGCCGAACUGGUGCCGGCAAGUCUAGUCUAACCAUGGCUCUCUUCCGAAUCAAUGAGUUGGCUGCUGGGUCGAUCUAUAUCGAUGGUGUUGACGUCAGUACAAUUGGCUUGACGACACUGCGUGAGAAACUAUCCAUCAUCCCGCAAAACCCUGUGUUGUUUAAGGGCACCUUACGCAACUAUUUGGACCCGUUCGAUGACUUUAGCGACGACGAAUUGUGGACGUGUCUGCGUCAGGUGGGUCUCGGCUCUCGUAUCGAAACGGAGGAUGGCAAACUGGAUGCACUAGUCGAGGAGAACGGCGAGAACUACAGUGUGGGUGAGCGGCAAAUGUUGUGUAUGGUGUGUUCGCUACUCCGCAAGUCGCGUAUCGUGAUAUUCGACGAAGCCACUGCUGCUGUAGACCACGCUACGGAUCAAGCUUUACAACGGGUAAUUCGCGAGGUGUUCAAGGACUCUACCGUGCUCUCCAUCGCGCAUCGACUAGACACGAUACUUGACUCGGACCGCAUUUUAGUGAUGGAUGAUGGCAGCGUGAAGGAACUCGCCAGUCCUGCUGAGCUUAUCCGGAAAGGUGAAGGCCACUUCUUUGAUCUCAUGGAGGAAGGAGGAUAUCUGGACCGCUUCCAGCAGAACAAUGUCGUUAUUGAAACGUCCACCACGCACUAGAUCAGAAACAGUGAGAAAAAUGCCGAUCGUAUCGAAUUCGAGAAUAUGUGGAGUUAUGGAAUCGCAGCCUGCUAUCAUUACUGAUUGGUUUAAUGCUUGGUAAGUAUGUCCUACAGGAUGUCGAUGGGCACGAUGAUCUCAAGGGCAUGCGGAUGCUUCGCGUAAUCUUACGAUGUCUGCAAGUGAUUUUGUUCAUACUAGGGAUCCAUCGUGCUUUCUUGCGAAUGGAUACAUAAGCGAGGCUUACAAAUAUCCAUGGAUAUCGCUUUCUUUGUGGCGAUGCUGAGUACCUACAGUGGUGGCGCCAUUUACAUUGAAUCGACAUGCCUCGCCUUGGACGAUCACGACUUCGAAGCAUCAAGUUCAACAGUAGGAAUCUUUAUCGCUGCCAUGAAUUGUGUGUGCUCUUGCUGUGUGAUUUCUCUCUCGGCCGAUUUACUGUUUUGUGCUGUAAGGUGCACUGAAAAAAGAUAUCCCACUCCUUCCUCGAUAUCUCAGUUCUUUACAUUGACGAGUUACAUGUAUCUGUGGGCAUUUUUCCGUCCAGUCAGUUUGCUCAUGGUGACUAAAACGUAACAUGAAGCUGAUGCCAGUAUGUGUGAAGAAAACAGUGAAAUCUUUAGCGUCGUUUAAGAGGGAUAGACGCAGUACAUGUAUUCGCUGGGCUCGUGCAUCAUACUUUCGGCAAGGCUACUGCUCCGAUUAACCACGUUACAAUUUGUAGACUACAACUGCGACGAGUGCUCCGUACAUGUUCGUAAUGGUGGUCACCAUGACGCAUAAACUGGAUCGCACCUCCAUCACUGGGCUACUUCUUCGAUCAAAUACCCCAUGAAUCAUUUUGAGGAGUGGAUACUGGCCAGAUCCACACGUCAAGUGGCUAACGCCGUUAAAUCGUCAACUGCUCUCGAGUCGAAAAGUUGACGAUCGUGGCGUGGGCUUAACCCAACGAUUGAAGCGACAGAUUAAACAAAACUUUGCCUAAAAAGGUUAGUGUGGUUCAUUUUUUAUGUGUACUGGAUUGCGGUACUAUCACGAUAUUGUAUUUUCAUGUGGGAAACGCUACGUUGCCGAUAUAAAUUACCUGCAGUCGAUCGCGGUGAAAACGUGCAAGAUGGUGAAGUGACGUGGAGCGGGGCAUUUUAAUCAGGCCUUUGCCCAGAUCAUUGUUGAGCACAGUUGUCCACGCGGAGAAAUGAGUUUUGGUUGCUCAAAGGUUUCUACAACGUGAUGAUGACCGUCCCGCGUGACAAUCACCACCGCUAUGGCGAACCGAUAAGGAGGGUACUGCAACUGCAACUGAGUCAAUUGACGCGCAGUGUAGCACGUCCGAUCGUGCGGACACUGGCCACGCACUAUUAUGCAGUGCAAGUUGCCAUCGGAGACUCUGCUGCAUUGAUAAUCUCGUCGACAAAGCUGCAUUGACGACGAGCAAGGAUAGCAGCUCGAAAGAAACGACGGAGAGGACAGGCAGUGCGUGCAGUCGAACCGAGGUGGAUCUGCGCGGCAUUUGGAGAAGGAAAAGAGAGCAGCGCGGUCCGAACGCAGUGCACGGAAUGGGCGAUCACGAUACGACUACGGGGGUGUUUUUCGUUGACUAUUCCGACGUCGCCAGUUGGACAGUGUGUCCAAUUGAAGCGACAUCGUCACGCCGUGGAGGGGCCAAGUGGGACCAUGAACGCACGGCAGGGUGAAUGAUUCACUGAAUAAUGACUCCAAUAAUGUCGCGAAGAAAUAAAGUAGAGAGAUCACCAUGGAGCUCACCCAAACUUUUCCUCCGAAUUACAAACUGCCACAACCCUCUUUCGCCAAGCAAAAUCGUCUGGGUGCAACGCCAGCCAGCCACUGACAACCAUGAACAUGACGUUUUUGAGUGCAUCAUCAACUCAAUGCUGCUCCUCCGUUUAUCUUUACAAUAAAAUUCAAAUACAAAAUGCACAAAGUGGCACUACAUUCUCAAAGUUUAUCCUACACUUCUCUUCUGCCACCCACGGCUUU